AUGUCCAAGGGGCAGCACGGCAAGUCAAAGGGGCAGCACAGCAAGUCCAAGGGGCAGCACAGCAAGUCCAAGGGGCAGCACAGCAAGUCCAAGGGGCAGCACAGCAAGUCCAAGGGGCAGCACAGCAAGUCCAAGGGGCAGCACAGCAAGUCCAAGGGGCAGCACAGCAAGUCCAAGGGGCAGCACAGCAAGUCCAAGGGGCAGCACAGCAAGUCCAAGGGGCAGCACAGCAAGUCCAAGGGGCAGCACAGCAAGUCCAAGGGGCAGCACAGCAAGUCCAAGGGGCAGCACAGCAAGUCCAAGGGGCAGCACAGCAAGUCCAAGGGGCAGCACAGCAAGUCCAAGGGGCAGCACAGCAAGUCCAAGGGGCAGCACAGCAAGUCCAAGGGGCAGCACAGCAAGUCCAAGGGGCAGCACAGCAAGUCCAAGGGGCAGCACAGCAAGUCCAAGGGGCAGCACAGCAAGUCCAAGGGGCAGCACAGCAAGUCCAAGGGGCAGCACAGCAAGUCCAAGGGGCAGCACAGCAAGUCCAAGGGGCAGCACAGCAAGUCCAAGGGGCAGCACAGCAAGUCCAAGGGGCAGCACAGCAAGUCCAAGGGGCAGCACAGCAAGUCCAAGGGGCAGCACAGCAAGUCCAAGGGGCAGCACAGCAAGUCCAAGGGGCAGCACAGCAAGUCCAAGGGGCAGCACAGCAAGUCCAAGGGGCAGCACAGCAAGUCCAAGGGGCAGCACAGCAAGUCCAAGGGGCAGCACAGCAAGUCCAAGGGGCAGCACAGCAAGUCCAAGGGGCAGCACAGCAAGUCCAAGGGGCAGCACAGCAAGUCCAAGGGGCAGCACAGCAAGUCCAAGGGGCAGCACAGCAAGUCCAAGGGGCAGCACAGCAAGUCCAAGGGGCAGCACAGCAAGUCCAAGGGGCAGCACAGCAAGUCCAAGGGGCAGCACAGCAAGUCCAAGGGGCAGCACAGCAACAAGUCCAAGGGGCAGCACAGCAAGUCCAAGGGGCAGCACAGCAAGUCCAAGGGGCAGCACAGCAAGUCCAAGGGGCAGCACAGCAAGUCCAAGGGGCAGCACAGCAAGUCCAAGGGGCAGCACAGCAAGUCCAAGGGGCAGCACAGCAAGUCCAAGGGGCAGCACAGCAAGUCCAAGGGGCAGCACAGCAAGUCCAAGGGGCAGCACAGCAAGUCCAAGGGGCAGCACAGCAAGUCCAAGGGGCAGCACAGCAAGUCCAAGGGGCAGCACAGCAAGUCCAAGGGGCAGCACAGCAAGUCCAAGGGGCAGCACAGCAAGUCCAAGGGGCAGCACAGCAAGUCCAAGGGGCAGCACAGCAAGUCCAAGGGGCAGCACAGCAAGUCCAAGGGGCAGCACAGCAAGUCCAAGGGGCAGCACAGCAAGUCCAAGGGCAGCACAGCAAGUCCAAGGGGCAGCACAGCAAGUCCAAGGGGCAGCACAGCAAGUCCAAGGGGCAGCACAGCAAGUCCAAGGGGCAGCACAGCAAGUCCAAGGGGCAGCACAGCACAGCAAGUCCAAGGGGCAGCACAGCAAGUCCAAGGGGCAGCACAGCAAGUCCAAGGGGCAGCACAGCAAGUCCAAGGGGCAGCACAGCAAGUCCGACCUUGA